AUGUGGGUUGAUCAUUUUAAAGACCACGCUUGCUUCACACACCUGUUUGUGUACUGCCAGACCAGAAGACGCGAAAUGCUGCUGCACACUCUGGCCAGCUUUCUCGCGGCGAUGUACGAGAAAACGGUCCUAUACGUAUGCACUUUGCUUUCUACCUGUUUUAUCCUGCUGGUUAUACGACAGCUGGUGAAACAGCGGAGACCGCGAGCGUUUCCGCCCGGUCCGACACCUCUGCCUGUCGUAGGAAACAUUCUAUCGCUCGCGCUAGAGCCGCACGUCUACAUGAAGAAACAAAGUGACGUUUAUGGACAGAUUUUUAGUCUCGACCUGGGAGGCAUUUCCACCGUCAUUCUGAAUGGAUAUGAUGUCAUUAAAGAGUGUUUGCAGCACCAGAGUGAGGUGUUUGCAGACCGGCCCUGCCUGCCCUUGUUCCAGAAAAUGACAAAAAUGGGAGGACUUCUCAAUUGUAGAUAUGGGCGUGCUUGGAUUGAACACCGAAAACUAGCGGUUAACUGCUUCCGCUGUUUUGGCCGUGGGGAGAUGAUGUUCCAGAAAAUCUCAGAGGAGUGCAUGUUCUUCAUCGAUGCCAUUGACACGUACAAAGGAAAACCGUUCAACCCCAAACACCUUGUGACCAAUGCCAUCUCCAACGUUACCAACUUCAUAAUAUUUGGACAACGUUUCACUUAUGAUGACCACGAUUUCCAGCACAUGAUCGAGAUCUUCAGUGAGAACGUGGAGCUAGCAGCGAGUGCCUGGGCCUUCCUCUACAACGCCUUCCCCUGGAUCGAAUAUCUGCCCUUUGGGAAGCACCAGAGGCUCUUCCAGAAUGCCAAAGAGGUUUAUGACUUCUUGCUGCAGAUCACUGAACAUUUCUCGCAGGGCAGGGUGCGGCAGUCACCGAGACACUACAUCGACGCCUACCUGGACGAGAUGGAGCAGAGUGCUAGUGACAAGGCCACCUCCUUCUCCAGGGAGAAUCUGAUCUUCUCGGUGGGAGAGCUCAUUAUUGCGGGCACAGAGACCACCACAAAUGUCCUGCGCUGGGCUAUCCUUUAUCUGGCUCUUUACCCCAACAUACAAGAGAAGGUUCAGAAGGAGAUCGACUCUGUCCUGAAUGGCAGGCUGCCGACCCUGCAGGACAAGCAAAGGAUGCCUUACGUGGACGCGGUGCUACACGAAGUCCUGCGACUCUGCAACGUCGUCCCACUGGGAAUCUUCAGGGCCACUUCCCAGGACACAGUGGUGCGGGGCUACACGAUCCCACGGGACACCAUGGUCAUCACCAACCUGUAUUCUGUGCACUUCGAUGAGAAGUACUGGAGCCAGCCUGCUUCCUUUUGCCCCGAGCGGUUUCUGGACAGCACGGGGAACUUUGUGAAACAGGAUGCCUUUCUUCCGUUUUCUGUCGGCAGACGGCAUUGCCUCGGUGAGCAGCUGGCCAAGAUGGAGCUGUUCAUCUUCUUCACCACACUGCUGCAGAGGUUCUGCCUACACUUCCCGCAGGGCGUCAUUCCCAGCCUGCGUCCCAGACUGGGAAUGACACUGCAGCCGCUGCCCUACUCCAUAUGCGCUGUGAGGAGGCAGCAGUGAGGACCGAAGGAGGAUCGUUCCAGCUGCGCACGCCACAUGCGAGACACACCAUUCUGGAGAGACGGCUGACCUCUGCUACUCGAACUGAGUGCACUCAAUUCCCUGAUCUUGUCCUCUCGACAGUUACACAGAAUUUGAGCGGGAAACGAUAAGCCCACACUGGACAUGCGAAUGGACAGUUGUAUUCACUGACUGCGUCUACUGAGUAAGAUCCCACAAGAAAUGUGGACUGAAACUGAUAAAGUGAGGGGGGAAAAAACCCAAUACUGUUGGCCAGAGCAGACGCUGUGAUCAGCAGUGCAAGGGAAGGCAGUGUGUCAGUCAAUCAUUUACAGAGAUUGCUUCUCAAAUACUUUCACAGACCUUUCAGUUGUUCCCCAAAAUGAAUACACAGUACUCUCAUUCAUGCUUAGACAUUGCAGAAGGAGACCAGACACUUUUCCCAGAAUCCUCUGCACAUUGCAUGAUUCACACUGGAUCACGGCCCCUUAUCAGCAAUGAACCAACAGUGGUUUAUCUCACUGGAAACCAU